ACAGGAAGAGUGGAGGCGAGCCGUCUGUUUCUGGAGAAAGGAAAUCGGGCGCACGAACAUUACGGAAAACUACCGUUGUUUUCUGUAUAGUUUCCUAUAUUUCUGAUGUCUUGGAAAAAUAACACGGAUAGCCGAGGAGGAGGAAUAAAGGAAUGAAGCUUCUGACUUGCCAAAAACCAAUAGAAGAAGAGUUUAUUUAAAAGAGGGCAGAAGCAAUGAAAUUGACAAAUACGAAUUGUUCGUUUUCUGGCAUGGGCUCUGAAUUUAAAUAUGUUAUUCAGAAGCAAUACUGCAAAUGGUUUGCCCCACAGAAGCCUCUGCUAUCCUGUCCCCUGCUUGCUGCUGUGAAAGUAAAGCUGAAACAACUCCUCUGCUUGUGUUUUGCAUUUGGAACAAAUUUCUUUUCAGAUUAUGGAUAGACUUGCCCUAUACAUGGCUUAUCAAACUUGUUCAAACAUCUCACCAAAGAUACUGGGAUUCUUAAUCCAAAAAUGUGUGUUUAAGAAGUAUUCAACUUCACACACUUUGACGGCACCGGCUCCAUUUGCAGAUGAAACAAGCUGUCAGUGCAAAGCUCCUCAUGAGAAGCUAACCAUUGCUCAGGCCCAUCUUGGAACACCUGUGGACAGACCUGUCAGAGUCUAUGCAGAUGGAAUAUUUGAUCUCUUCCAUUCUGGUCAUGCAAGAGCUCUCAUGCAAGCCAAAACUCUGUUUCCUAAUAGCUACUUAUUAGUAGGAGUUUGCAGUGAUGAUCUAACACAUAAGUAUAAAGGUUUCACUGUAAUGAAUGAAGAAGAACGUUAUGAGGCCCUCAGGCACUGCCGCUAUGUCGAUGAAGUAAUCAGAGAUGCUCCAUGGACACUCACAGAAGAGUUUUUGGAAAAGCAUAAGAUUGAUUUUGUAGCCCAUGAUGAUAUUCCAUAUUCUUCUGCUGGUUCAGACGAUGUUUACAAGCAUAUAAAGGAGGCGGGUAUGUUUGUACCAACUCAGAGAACUGAAGGCAUCUCAACUUCAGAUAUUAUCACUAGAAUUGUACGUGAUUAUGAUGUCUAUGCCCGUCGCAACUUACAAAGAGGAUAUACUGCAAAAGAGCUGAAUGUCAGCUUUAUAAAUGAAAAGAAAUAUCGUUUUCAAAAUCAGGUAGACAAGAUGAAAGAAAAAGUGAAGAAUGUGGAAGAAAGAUCUAAAGAAUUUGUGAAUAGAGUUGAAGAAAAAAGCCAUGAUCUCAUUCAGAAAUGGGAAGAAAAGUCUAGGGAGUUUAUUGGAAACUUCUUAGAACUAUUUGGACCAGAUGGAGCUUGGAAGCAGAUGUUUCAAGAGAGGAGUGGGCGCAUGCUUCAAGCCUUAUCUCCAAGGCAAAGUCCCACAAGCAGUCCAACACGGGGACGUUCCCCAUCUCCUCCUUCCCCUUGGCUCUUCAGAAAGGCUUCACCGCCUUCCUCCCCACAGGUUGCCUCAGCAUCUAUUAGCAGCAUGAGUGAAGGUGAUGAGGAUGAGAAGUAAAAAAGGGAAAAUUUGUAAUACAAGAAAGAAGAAAUAUACCAACGGCUUACCAUACAGCUCAAACUAGAAGAAAGAAAAUGAUGCAUGAGAUGUUUCUGAAAAAGAAAGUUAUUCAGAUUAUUGGAAGAUCUCAACUGUAAAGUAGUACUUGCCAAAGGACAGUCUGUCAAAAAAGUCACAUAUAAUGACAGAAUAUGUAAAAACUUGCCAUUAUUUCCCAACAGUUAUGAAUACUUUUUAUGCUAUUGCAGCUUUUGCUGCUUAAAGCUAUUGCUCUGUUGUGAAGAUUGUUUGUUGAAAGGUUAAUUUGGCAAAUAAUGUUAAGAAGGAUUCUUUUUGGUUAGAGAAGGCACAUUUAAAUUUGAAUAAUACUGCACUCUACUAAAAUGUUGGAUCUCACAAGAAUAAAAUGAAGUACUGUCUAGAAACAGCAGAAGCUCCUACAGUGCCAGAAAACACUCAAAUAAAAUCAUGCCAUUAGAAUUAAGCUGUCUUUCACAGUGGACACAAUAUAGUUCUACUGAAUUUAAUUAAUAUUGCUUAUUGAGCAGGCUUUUGUACACACCAGAGAAAGUUAUUUAAUGUGAAAAAUUGGUGGGUUCAGUUUUAUUACUAUCUGUCCUCCAAAGCUAUUUUUUUUCUUUUACAAUUAUUAUUCAAUAUGAUUUUAUAUCUGGUGAAUUUGGUAAAUUAACUCACAGAGCAUGGUUCAAUUCAUUCAUUAAUGUUUAUAUCACACACUAUAUCAUUUAAAACAAUUUUUCCAUAUAACAUAUUAUUACAGGGAGAAGAACCCAAGUGGAUAAUGCUUACCAUUUAUUAUUUCAGAUAAUAAACCUGGAAGAAAUCAAGGGUGGCAUGAGUGCUGUCCCAUUUUGGUAAAAUGUUUGGUAAUAUGUAUGUAAUUCCAUUGAGAAUCCAUGUGUAAUUUUUCUAUAGAAGCAAAGCAUUAGAUAACUGAUUUUUUAUUGUCAAAAUAUCGUAUUAGAUUUUAGUAGUCAACUUUUUAGCAAUUACAAGCGCAGCUUUGUUUUCUGCAUAUGGACCUAAUAAAACAUUUUUUUGUUGUUA